UAAACUCUGCGACGCCGCCAGACGGUCUGCUCCGAUGUCUGCAAGUUGAGUCUAAUGAUAUUUUUGUACUUGUGGAAAUAGUCUGGCCUUUUUAACUCCUCAUAUAAGGAUGACCGACUCAAAGAAGGCGGCGGGCGACGUCGCGAAACGUGGGGAAAAGGACAAGGAGUUGGAAAAAAAGAAGCGGUCCCGCGUCAAGCAGCUGCUCGGCGACAUCAAGAAGCUGGUGGAGUUCUGGUUUGGAGACGUCAACCUUCACAAGGACCGUUUUCUGAAGAAGCUCAUCGACGAGUCCGACAGCGGGUAUGUCGACAUUUCCGUGCUGACGAGCUUCAAUCGGAUGACAAAGUUGACGACCGACACUAAACUGAUCGCCAGAGCGCUGAAAAACUCCUCUGUAGUUCAGGUCAACCUCGAAGGAACUAAAGUGAGACGUAAACAUCCGCUCAGCGAGCCACCGGAUAACGUCGACAGUCGCACCGUUUAUGUGGAACUUCUGCCCAAAGACGUGUCGCACAGCUGGAUAGAACGAGUGUUCGCCAAAUGUGGGAACGUGGUGUACGUCAGCAUCCCCAGGUACCACAGCAGCGGCGACCCCAAAGGGUUCGCCUUCGUCGAGUUCGAGACAGAGGAACAAGCUCAGAAAGCCGUAGAGAUGCUGAACAAUCCCCCCGAAGACGCUCCAAGGAAACCAGGGAUUUUCCCCAAGACGUUGAACAGGAAGCCCAUUCCUUUUCCAGACGACGUUCCACUGCCACAUGAAGAAGAGAAGAAGAAGCGAAAGAAGAAGAAAAAGAAAGAAGGCGCAGCAGCGCAGGCGCCCGUAGAAGAAGUCCAAGAAGUUGCCAUGGAAGCGGAGGAGGAAAAGAAACCUGCAGCAGAGGGCGAGGUGGAGCCUUCCUGCACUGAGAAGACUUCGACUAAAGUGGAGAAGAAACGGCGGCGGUCGCAGACGGCGGACGCACUUGAAAGCAGCGUACCGUCGAAGAUUAGAAAAACCAGCGCAAGUGAGUCUGAGGAGAAGGAGAAAGACGGAGCACAGAUCUGCUCGCCCACUAAAAGUGACACCGUUGAGAAAGAAAACGAGGAUGACUCGACUGUGAAGGCGAAGAGGAAGAGAAAAAAGAAACAUAAAGAGAAACUAAAGAUCGGGGAGGAAGUCAUCCCACUCCGUGUCCUAUCAAAGAAAGAGUGGCUUCAGCUGAAGGAGGAGUACCUAAUCCUGCAGAAGAGCAGCAUGGCGUCGCUGAAGAAGUGCAUCAACAAGAUCUGUCGCAAGGAGGAGAGCGAGGCUCCGGAUGGAAACGUGGAGAUGAAAAGUAAAGAUGAGAAAGAGAUGAAACGUAAAGAUGAACAAGAAACCAACCAGGGCCCUCAGUUUGUUAGCGGUGUCAUCAUGAAGAUCACUGACGACAAACCGUUACCAGCCAGGAAGAUCAUCAAAGGCGCUUUGUCCAAAGUCUCUCCAGUUGCUUACAUCGACAUUUUGGAGGGAGACGUGGAGGGUCACAUCCGUUUUCACACCCCGCAGGAAGCUAAAGCCGUCAGCGACGUUAAAGAAGAGCUGCAGAAGGAGCACAGCUGGAAACUGGAGGUUCUGACAGGUGACCACGAGCAGCGGUACUGGCAGAAGAUCUUAGUGGACCGGCAGGUCAAGCUGAACCGUCCCAGAGAGAAGAAGCGGGGCACAGAGAAGCUCAUAGCCAAAGCCGAAAAAAUCAUCAUGACCCGAGCCAAGGAGGCUAACAAGCACAUCCGCUUCAACGAGGACUGACGUCUACCGUUUUAACCCCUCAGACCAUCA